AGCUGCAUUGUGGUGUGACGGAGAAGCCUGCUCCACUCCACCCUAGGCGCCUAGGGGGGACCUAUGGGCAGACAGAAACAGAGCAAAAGCGAAAAGCGGAAGCAUCCAGUACUGACAAGCCUGGUGCUGGGCUAUGGCCUGUCCCAAGAAAACAGUGCAGUGAAGAGGUCCCAGUUCAAACACCUCCCGAUUUCAAAAAUCAAAAGCCACGGUUGUUCUCUUGUUCCAAUGCAGAUUGAUAGGAGUAGCCAAGAUCACUCAUGGGCUUGAUUGAGUAAUUCCUCCCUUUCCUCCAUGCCAAUCUUGUAAUUGUAAUAGCCCCAACCACACUCGCAUUUGCAAACAGCAACAAUGGCGCUGCAGUUCUUGCUGCGUUCCAUGGGGUCAUUGGCGAUCUUGGCGUGCCUGAGCUUGGCAAUGCCGGCGGCGGCAGCAGCGGCCACCGUGCCGCAGCCGGAGCCCGAGGUGAAGCCGAGCGACACGGACGCGCUCACCAUCUUCCGCCACGGCGCCGACGCGCACGGCAUCUUGGCCGCGAACUGGAGCACCGGUGACGCCUGCGCCGGCCGCUGGACGGGCGUCGGCUGCUCCGCCGACGGCCGCCGCGUCACCUCGCUCGCGCUCCCGUCGCUGGACCUGCGGGGCCCGCUCGACCCGCUCUCCCACCUCGCCGAGCUCCGCGCGCUCGACCUCCGCGGGAACCGCCUCAACGGCACGCUCGACGCGCUCCUCCGCGGCGUCCCCAACCUCGUGCUGCUCUACCUCUCCCACAACGACAUCUCCGGCGUCAUCCCCGACGCCGUCGCGCGGCUCCCGCGGCUCGUCCGUGUGGACCUCGCUGACAACAGCCUGAGCGGGCCCAUCCCGGCGGCGGCGCUAGGCAAGCUCACAGGCCUCCUCACGCUCAAGCUCCAGGACAACCUCCUAACCGGCCUCCUCCCCGACGUCUCCGCCGCGCUGCCCCGCCUCGCCGAGUUCAACGCCUCCAACAACCAGCUCUCCGGGCGGGUGCCCGACGCCAUGCGUGCCAAGUUCGGCCUCGCCUCCUUCGCCGGCAAUGCCGGCCUCUGUGGGCCCGCGCCGCCGCUGCCGCCCUGUUCUUUCCUGCCGCGCGAGCCCGCUCCGACGCCGCCAUCGUCCGUGCCUUCCUCCAUGGUGCCGUCCAACCCGGCGGCGUCAUCCUCCGUUGCUUCGUCUUCGCCGGCACUGGCGACACCGGAGUCGCUCAGCGGGGCUGGCAAGGGAGGCUUGAGCCCCGGCGCAAUUGCCGGGAUAGCCGUCGGCAACACUCUGUUCUUCUUUGCUCUGGCAUCGCUGCUAGUAGCUUGUUGCUGCUGCGGGCAAGGUAGCGGCGGCGAGCCUGCAGCCAAGAAGAGAAAGAGACGCGGCCGCGUCGGCCUGGAGGACGGAGACGGCGUGCUGUUCGGCCACCUCAAGGGGGAGCAACCGGCUCGUCCGGGCAGCGCGGGAAGGUGCAGCGACGGCGGCGACAGCGACGGUGCGCGCAGCAAGCUGGUGUUUUUCGGGGCGGACGGCGAGGGCGGGGAUGACGACGACGACGGCGACAGCGAUGGCAGCGCCGGGGGAAGGCCAAGGGGCGGCGCGCCAUUGACCUCGCACCUGCAGGAGAGGCGGAGCAGGUUCCAGCUGGAGGAGCUGCUCCGCGCGUCGGCGGAGAUGGUCGGCCGAGGCAGCCUGGGCACCGUGUACCGCGCGGUGCUGGGCGAUGGGCGCAUGGUCGCCGUGAAGCGGCUGCGCGACGCCAACCCCUGCGCGCGCGAGGAGUUCCACCGGUACAUGGACCUCAUCGGCCGCCUCCGCCACCCGCAUCUCGUCCCCCUUAGGGCCUUCUACUACGCCAAGCAGGAGAAGCUCCUCAUCUACGACUACCUUCCCAAUGGCAACCUCCACGACCGUCUCCACGGACCCAAGAUGACGGGUGAGUCGCCGUUGGACUGGACGACGAGGGUGAGGCUGCUGCUCGGCGCGGCGCGCGGGCUGGCGUGCAUCCACCGGGAGUACCGCACGUCCGGCGUGCCCCACGGCAACAUCAAGUCCACCAACGUCCUCCUCGACAAGGACGGCGCCGCCCGCGUCGCGGACUUCGGCCUCGCGCUCCUCCUCAGCCCGGCGCACGCCAUCGCCCGCCUGGGCGGCUACAUGGCCCCCGAGCAGGCGGACAACAAGCGGCUGUCGCAGGAGGCCGACGUGUACAGCUUCGGCGUGCUGGUCCUGGAGGCUCUGACCGGCAAAUCGCCGGCGGCGCAGCACCCGCACCCCUUGCCGGACGGCGCGGAUGCGCAGAGGAGGGACAAGAAGAGCAGCGCGGCGGCGGCGGCGGCUAGCCUGCCGGACUGGGUGCGGUCGGUUGUGCGGGAGGAGUGGACGGCGGAGGUGUUCGACGUGGAGCUGCUCCGGUACCGGGACAUCGAGGAGGAGAUGGUGGCGAUGCUGCACGUGGCGCUGGCGUGCGUGGCGCCGCAGCCGGAGCAGCGGCCGUCGAUGGGCGACGUGGUGAGGAUGAUCGAGAGCGUGCCGGUGGACCAGUCGCCGAUGCCGGAGGAGGACAGGGACGUCUCUGUGACGUCGCCGUCCAUCGGCAUCACCACCGACGACGGGGGUGGCAGGCUCAGCUACUAGUAGUGUUCAGGCAGCCUCGCCGUGGGCCUGGUGUUGACUGUAAUGCAGUAGUGUGAUGUUCGUUAGCGCAGUGCUAUGGUUCUGGUAUGAUUUGUGAUGCUCAAGGCCGUACAAUAUAUUUGGGCCGAUUUGUUGGAAGAGCUGGAUUCAGUAGCAGACUAGUAGUGGCACCUGCAGCUUGCCUAGUUUGUUUGGGUAUAAUUGGUUGGCCCAUAUUUGUCCAA